CAUAUCCCAACUCACAUGACACAGACUCAAUAUUCAAUAUUCAGCGCUCAGCUAGCGGGUGAUUCAUCAGGCAAGAUCUUUAUAACCCGAUAUGCGGUAUAUGCCUCUUCCGAGCGCUGGAACCUGGAGAUAAGAGCAUGCUUGCACUCAUUAGGAUAGCCCGUAUCCCACUUGUUCACAUCUCUAGCCCUCUUCCAGUCCAUCUAAGCCCACACCAUAGUCGCGUCCUCAGGUUUCUAUCUUGUUAUGUCUGUGAUUUCAGGUGUCUUGAUUGUCUCGGCCGUACAAGUUCAUCCAGUCAAGCGCAAUAUCGGCUCAUCUGCCACCUGCAUGAGUGAAUACUCAUGGAUGGACAACAGUCAGGGCUACUCGCCUUGUACUACUGUCGCUUAUGUAGAAGCUCCAUGUUAUGAGAACAAUUAUGAUCAGCCAAUUCUGCUCAACGACACUUUUUACAACUUGCCAAAUUCUUCGAACGCGAAUGCAUGCUACUGUUCUUGGUCGUCCUAUAAUCUUAUGAUGGCCUGCACUUUAUGUCAAGGAGUUAGUACUUCUUCUGUCUCGGAAUGGCCUGCAUGGGCAGCUGGAUGUCCCACGAACCAAAAUUGGACACAGGAAUAUUACCCUUCUGGAUAUGUGCUUACUGGAGAUGUGUCCAUACCUUAUUGGGCUACUACUAAUCCGUCAACAUGGACAUACGAGACAUUCAAUAUCCUAGAUGCGAACGCUACCUAUCAAAAGAAUUCCUCUAGCAUCACCCCGGGCGCCUCAUCAUUAUCUAGUGGUUCAGGUUCAAGCCCAUCAUCUAGCAGUUCAAACUCAAGCUCAAAAUCAACGGACGUGGGCGCGAUAGUUGGCGGUACCAUCGGAGGCGCAGCCGCACACUCUUUUCUUGUCAUUGCCGCCUAUCUAUUGUACAGACGCCACGUAUACAGGAAAGGAGGUUAUGCUUCGGCUAUCAACCAACAAGGGACGACCUUUAUACCAUCGUCACAUAACCGCAUCCCCUCCGAUUCAUCCGAUCUUGCUACAUCAAUGUCGGGCCCUCUUGCCAUGUAUGGGCAGUCCGUAUCUCCGUCCCAGCAGUAUCAGACUGCAUACCUAUCUCCACAUGGCUCAUCCUUGCCCGUUCCACGGAUGGAUGUGUCCGUCUACACUACACAUACUGGUAACAGCCAACGUUCUGAUGCCAUACCAAUGGUCUAACACUAAGGUGAUCUUUCAAGUUUCUUAUACUUGAAAUAUCAGAGGCACCCGCAUUCGGUACCUCAUGUUGAACGUUCAACGUAACAUUGACAGUAUUCCUUUUCUUUCGUUUGUCAUCACGGACUCUUUAACAUAGAUUAUAAUCUCAUAUUACUUUGUUUACACCUCUGAUCAGCGGUUCUGUCAAUAACGCUGAGGUAUAGUUCACGUCUCCUUGCACACUGUCUCUUACUCAUACUACUUCAUUUCUAGCUUUGUCUUUUAGGUACUAAAAUGUCAUAGCGGUUUCUGCC